GAAGCGGCAGUGGGAGAGAUGGGUCUGACCAGCACCACCAGUAGGUUCUAGCUGAUGCUCGGGCUUCCUUGUAAUGAUGCCGUCACGUACCAAUCUGGCUGCUGGGAUUCCCAAUAGCAAAGUCAAAUAUUCCAAACUCUCCAGCACUGAUGAUGGAUACAUUGACCUGCAGUUUAAGAAGAGCCCACCAAAAAUCCCCUACAAGGCAAUUGCACUGGCUAUUGUGCUCUUCAUGAUCGGGACCCUCCUCAUUAUCAUAGGAGCCCUCCUUUUGGCAGGAUACAUUAGCAAAGGCGGAACGGACCGUGCUAUCCCUGUGCUCAUCAUCGGGAUCCUGGUGUUUCUCCCAGGCUUCUACCACCUGCGCAUCGCGUACUACGCCUCCAAAGGCUACCGGGGCUAUUCCUACGAUGACAUCCCGGAUUUCGAUGAUUGA